UGGAGGGCGUUUCCGGGCGUGGGAAACGGACUCUGCGGGCGCGCGUGCCGGGCCCCCGCGCGGUGUCCCACAGCGCCGCCGGGGAGGCGCGAUCACCCGACCGCCGGGCUUCCCUCUGCCCGCUUUGCAGAAGUCUCCACCCUUCCGUCUGGAAAUCCCUGGCCCCGAACACACUUCCUCCUCCCGGAGUCCGGAGUCCCCGAGCCCUCUCUCCCGAGGCUUCCUCCGGCCUCCGGACCUCCCCUUUUUCGGUGUGUAGUGACCGUCAGCGGGAUUCCGAAGUCCAUCUCCCAAGCCUAGUCAGGCGCGGCCGUGGGCUCGCGGUCACCGCACUGGACACGGGGAGCUGGGAACCGUCCACACCCAGGACCCAGGCUGAGCACCCACGCCGGCCUCCUCUGCCUGCCCCGCUGCCCAGUCCUGAGACCCCGGGCUGUCUACGGAGAUGUCCACCGUUUCUCAGAAGGAAUCCGGGGCACCUGCUGCCUCUCCGGGCCCAGCCUCCACGCGAGACCUGAGUGGGGGCUGCGGAGAUGACUUGGAAAGACAAUGCUGCGGAGAACCGGACCAGAAGCUGCCGGGGACCCACGGCGUGGGCGAUCCGGCCGCCACGUUCUCCGGUGACAGCCCCUUCUUGUCCUGUAGAGGGAGAGUCAUUAAGUGGUUCUGGGACUCGGCCGAGGAGGGCUACAGGACCUACUGCAUGGAUAUAUAUGACGAGGACCAGAACCCCAGUGGCAUCAUUAACCUGGGCGUCAGUGAGAACAAGCUCUGCUUCGACCUGCUGCAAAGCCGGCUGACUCAGAGCGACAUGCUGCGGGUGGAGCCGGCCCUGCUGCAGUACCCCGACUGGAGGGGACAUCUGUUCCUCCGGGAGGAAGUGGCCAAGUUCCUGUCUCUCUACUGCAAGAGCCGCACUGCCCUCAGACCGGAGAAUGUGGUCGUUCUGAAUGGCUGUGCCUCCGUCUUCUCUGCCCUGGCCACUGUGCUGUGUGAAGCAGGGGAAGUGUUCCUGAUCCCCACCCCUUACUACGGAGCCAUCACACAGCACGUCUAUCUCAACAGCCAUGUCCGUCUGGCCUACGUCCAUCUGGACAGUGAGGUCACUGGACCAGACGCACGUCCCUUUCAGCUCACAGUGGAGAAGCUGGAGGUGGCCCUGCAAGGAGUUAUUUCUGAGGGUGUGACGGUCAAAGGCCUCAUCCUCAUCAAUCCCCAGAACCCUCUGGGUGACAUCUACUCCCCAGGGGAGCUGCAGGAGUACCUGGAGUUUGCCAAGAGGCACGAGCUGCACGUGGUCAUGGAUGAGGUCUACAUGCUGUCCGUGUUUGAUGAGGCGCUGGAGUACCGCAGCGUCCUCAGCCUGGAACGGCUGCCAGACCCCCAGAGGACCCACGUGAUGUGGUCCACCAGCAAGGACUUCGGGAUGUCUGGGCUCCGCUUCGGCGUGCUGUACACAGAAAACCAGGACGUGGCCACUGCGGUGGCUUCACUCUGCCGCUAUUAUGGCCUUAGUGGCAUAGCCCAGCACCAGAUGGCACAGCUGCUACGAGACCACGACUGGAUCAGCCAGGUGUACCUACCGGAAAACCACGCCCGGCUCAAGGCUGCCCACACCUACGUCUCUGAGGAGCUGCGCGCCCUGGGGAUCCCCUUCCUGAGCCGCGGGGCCGGCCUCUUCAUCUGGGUCAACCUGAGGAAGUACCUGCCGCAGGCCACCUUCAAGGAGGAAGAGCUACUGUGGCGCCGGUUUUUGGACGGCAAGGUGCUGCUGUCCUCUGGCAAGGCGUUCCAGUGUAAAGAGCCCGGCUGGUUCCGCAUCGUCUUCACCGACAAGGCCCACCGGCUCCGCCUGGGGAUGCAGAGGUUUCGGCAGGUGCUUGAAGGGAGACCCCACUUCCGGACCUAGGAGCCAGGUGACCAGCACAGGCGAGCUGCUCAGUGCCGCUGCACCUGACCCAGGGCCUCGUGGGGCUGCAGAAGACUGGCUUGUUAGGAAGUUGCUCAGCUUGGCUUUGCCCUUGUAGAACUCUGGCAGUGGGAGACCCCUGUAGCUGAGGUUCAACCGGGGCCGCCCCUGUUCCCUGUUCACUCGGUGCACCUGCCGUGAGUCAUCUGCAGGAUGGAGGAGUCGUGACUGUUCUCAGCCACAGCCCUCAGCCCCCCGGGGGGCCUGGGAAAGAAAAAAACAAACAACCUGGACCUUGUUUUUAACUGCGCCUUUAUACCUCUUCCUUGGUUGCCAGGGAAACCAGCCCAGGGAACAGCAUGUCUGCCAGCGAGCAUGCCAAAAACAUAAUAAAAAAGUGCUAACUCUCAA